AUGGUGCCUCCGAAUGACACUCGAUCACCUCCCUCGGGAACCAAACGGCCCGCGCCCGACAACGAUCGCACCAUCUCCCCACCCCCACUGAAACGGAAAGCACAGGUUGCUAUCUCGAAAUCUGCCGUCACUAAUUUCUUCACGCCAACCUCGCAAAAGGCCAAGGACCGCACAGCAUGGUUCGAGAGGAGACCCGACGAUGACUCGCCUGCAACGUUACUUGUUGCCAAACACGUUCCCGAAAGCGCGGCUCCCAAUGGGCUCAAUACAGCGGUAAAGCGACCAAAGAUAGCGGCGUUUGACCUCGAUUCCACUCUCAUCACAACCGCUUCGGGCAAGCGGCAUUCUGACGAUCCGGCUGACUGGAAGUGGUGGCAUCACUCGGUUCCCGGACGGCUUCGGCAGCUGUACAAUGACGAGGGGUAUCGAGUCGUCGUUUUUACGAACCAGGGCGGGCUGGCGUUGCACCCGGACCCGAAGGCAAAGGCCCCAAAGAGCGCAAAGAACCGCGUUCCCGCGUUUAAACAGAAAUGCAAUGCCGUCCUGGAUCAGCUGAAUAUCCCAAUCACCCUCUACGCAGCGACAGGGAAGGACAUCUACCGCAAGCCUCGACCAGGGAUGUUUUCCGAGAUGAAAGAUGACUACGAUCUAACCGAUUCCGACAUUGAUCGCGAGAAUAGCGUGUUUGUCGGUGACGCCGGUGGUCGCAUCGCCGACGCGAAAGGAGCCAGCGCCGCAGCCAAGGAUUUCAGUUGUUCAGACCGAAACUUUGCCCAUAAUAUCGGUUUCAAGUACCAAACACCAGAAGAAUUCUUCCUCGGGGAGGAACCCCGCGACUUCGCUCGGGAUUUUGACCUCAGCAACUUUCCCUUUUCCGAAGAGGGCCAAGAUGGCGAGGAGCACGUAGAGAAGACAAACGAUAAGGACAUCGUCCUCUUUGUCGGCCCGCCAGGGGCUGGCAAGAGCACGUUCUAUUGGAAGUACCUCAAGCCGUUAGGUUAUGAGAGAGUCAACCAGGAUAUCCUGAAGAGGCACGACAAAUGCUUCAAAGCCGCUGCCGAAUUCCUCCAGGAAGGCGAUUCUGUUGUCGUGGUGCUGCACUCUUCCGCUGACCUGUUGCGGGCAGACAACACAAAUCCCGAUGUCGACACCCGGUCGCAAUGGAUCGCUCUGGCGCGAAAACACGGGGUACCCAUUCGAUGCUUCUGGUUUAGGACGCCGCUGCAGUUGUGCGAGCACAACGCCACCGUGCGAUCCAUGAACAAAAAGCUCAAUCCCGAAUCCCGCCAGGCGCUUCCAAGAAUCGCCUUCAACGGCUUCACUUCUCGCUUCAAGGAGCCCAAAAUCGAGGAGGGUUUCCAGGACAUUGUCCCUGUGGACUUCAAGUUCAGAGGCACAAAGGAAGAGUACGAUAUUUGGGGGCAGUAUUGGAUUUAGCGAGAAGCACCGGCACUCAAGAGGGUGCGCAUCCAUUGACAAUUCUCCCUUUUACCGGGUGGAGCUGCUGUUGUUCUUGCAAGCUCUACCCGUUCGUCGAAGAUUGCGAGGGGAAUCCGUCACGAGCAAGGAAUUCCAAGGAGUUCCACGAUGCGGCCAGCUUCGGUUUCGGCUCACGACGGUAAAUCCUUCCCCGCAGGCAUCCCAGUGUAGCUUGCCUGAGCUCACUAUCGGCGGCAUCCGCCGAGACCUAUGGCUUCUCCCCGCUGGGAAGCCUGGCGCGGCGAUUUGUGACUUGCAGCGCCCGGUCAAAACGUCUAAGUGUAAAUUCCGGAGGUUCGCACUCGUUGCUUUGGACUCGUCCAUGUCAUCUUGUCUUUGGCGCAACGGCCACGCGGGUUUCACUGUUUUUAAGUACUGCACAUACUUUCCUCUACCCAGGUAUGUACUGUACGAAAUACAUUCACGGCAUGGGAUCAGCAGGUCCACGGGGCCGGCAUUCUCUUGAGACCCGAGGGUGUGGACAAUGGGAAUCCCAUCGAUCGUGGGCCUAGACCUCGUGAUAGGGUAGGAUCUAGUCUUGACUGGAGUAG